AUGAGUGAGCAUUUGAAAGGCGAGGAUGAGGACGAGGUGCUUGCCGAGCUGGGCUACCGCGUCAGGCGGCUGCUGGGCAGGGGCACGUACGCCAAGGUGCUGCUGGCGGAGCUGGCGAGGCUGUCGGAGGAGCCGGAGCGCCUGCGCACGCUGGCGUGCAAGGUCAUCGACACGACGCACGCGCCCCGCGACUACGUGCGCAACUUCCUGCCGCGCGAGCUGGAGAUCCUGGGCAACGUGCACCACCCACACAUCGUGCACGUACACAGCAUCUGGCAGCGUCGAGCCAAAUACUACAUUUUUAUGCGGUUUGUGGAGCGCGGCGACUUGUUGGACUACGUGUUGAAGAACGGUGCCGUGUCUGAGGAGCAGGCUCGCAUCUGGAUCCGGCAGGUGUCGCUGGCCGUGCAGUACCUGCACGAGAUGAACGUGGCUCACCGCGACCUCAAGUGCGAGAACAUCCUCAUCAGCAUGAAAUACAAUGCCAAGCUGGCGGACUUUGGAUUCGCGCGCAGAGUCGUGAAUUCAAACGGCAUUCUGAUGCCCAGCACUACGUACUGCGGCUCGCUGGCGUACGCGCCGCCGGAGAUCAUCGAGGGCAAGCCGUACAACCCGAAGGCGGCGGACGUGUGGUCUUUGGGCGUGGUGCUGUUCGUGAUCCUCAACAAGGCGCUGCCCUUCGACACGACCAGCGCCAAGAAGCAGCACCUGCAGCAGGUGACGCGCGACUGGCGCUUCCGCUCCAAGGUGGUGCCGCUGCUCAGCGAUCACGUCAAGCUGCUCGCCGCACAGAUGCUCGAGCCCGUCACCACGGGCCGGCCCACCAUCGACCAGGUGCUGGAGUCGCCGUUCUUCGCCAUGGAGCCGCGCAUGCGCGCUCUGACGGCGGACGAGGCGAGCGCGCUGCAGGCGGCGCGCGACUCGCGAGUUCACCGCGCGCCCGAGCCCGCCGUCUCCAGCGCUCCGGACGCGCCCGCCGCUUCCGCACACACCGUCGUCAGCUGA